AAAUAAAAUAGAAGUUUAUGAGAUUUGUAAAUUAUUCCAUUCCUUUUUUACUCACAAUUUCUACAGUGUCCCAACUUUUUUGGAAUCGGGUUUGUAUAUGUGUAGGUGUAUAUGUAUACAAAUCUGCAGAUUUAUUGUACACUAGUCAACAUUUGAAGAGUUUUGGGUAUUGGUUUUAAGACAACUAUUAUGAAAGGUUUUGAUCCUCUUAAAAUUUUGACUAGUGUAGUUUGAUGGUACAAAUCAAACUGUGAUGGCACGGGGCCUCAAAACAUUGAUUUUGGAAAUUGCAUACAUUGUGAUCCAUACAUGUGCCACUGUGGUGAUUACCUGGUGCAUGAAUGGCCAAAACGUCUCCAGUUGAGUCCGCAGCUUAUGCCAGCGGAGAGUGAAGACUGUUGUGCAUUGUUCAGAGCAACUACAGGGCCACAGUGCAGCAAAUCACCAGCAACACGUUACAUGUGCCCAUUUCAUGCUAGUGAUUUGUUGCACUGUGGUCCUGUGGUCCCUGUGAAAAAUGCACAACCGUCUCCCCUCUGACAAUAAUGCACUGCGGACAUAAAAUAAGUCUGUGCACCACUUUAAAUGCAUACUAUAUAUAGUGGCACAUGAACAACCCACAAAGCCCCAUGCCAUCUCUGUUUGUCCGUUAUUAAACUUCAAUAAAUCUGCAGCUUGGGAAUAGGCAAUUUUGCCAAAAAAUUACAGCUGCAUGAAAAGUGUUCAUCCUGUAACCUGUGGACAUUGGCUUAUCUUCUAGGUGACAGUAGCUGUGAAACUUCAUUUUAUGACCAUGACUGGCAUUAUAGUUUUGAUGUUCCAUGACAAAAAAUGCCAGCAAGUUUUAUGGGAAAGUUGCAAAAUGGCGGAAGGCCAAGUUGCUCUGAGAGAAGAAAGUCGGUCCGCAUUGUUGCUUCUGAGAUCCUGGAAGUCAGCAAAUGUCCAGCAAAAAAACAUGUAUCAGAAAUAGCCCGACAAAUGGUGAUUGCAUACCCAAAGUCUUUCAGAGAUGAGAUUAAUUCCCAGGUUGUAGGAAGUGGAUAUGAUUCUCUCCUCAAACAACUGGUGUGUAGAAUUGACAAUUUGAAAAGAGCAAAAGCUAUUAGUAUACCACUUUGUGGUACUCUAGAAGUAUCAACAAAGAAACAAAAAUUGUUAUAUGGUUGUAUAAAUUCUGAUCCACAACUGCUAGUUGGAGAAACAUCUGAAUUGCAGCAGGAAAAGAAAGAGAAGUUGGUAGUAAUGUUUCAAAAUAAUGAAAGUGAUGUAAAGACAAUCUAUGACUUAAUGACUUCUACAUACACCCCUCAAAGAAACAGCAUCCAAUCUGGAAAGGAAACCAAAGAUUUACUUGAUGAGUGGCCAUAUCUUUUUCAGCCAGCAGGAAUGAAAGCACACUUUAAAGAGCUCACUGGCAUUGACAUAAACAACAGCUUUGAAGAAUCUGCUUCCAAAGACACCUCUGUUCCAAGUGAUAUAUGCUCAGAACAGCUUCCAGCAACACCAUGUAUAGUAGUGUGUGGAGAGAACCCACUGACAGCCAGUGUGUACAUGGUAGCAGUAGACCAGAUGAUUGUAAAUGACCAUCUCUUGAGUUUUACAGAAGCCCUGUAUCUGAUGUUCUCUCUUUACUAUAUAUUGAACAUCAGUUACCCUGUAGAACUGGGAGCCACACUAGAAUUCUUGCAAAGGUGCAUCUUUAGGAUAAAUCCUCAUAAAGGUACCAAGGUGGAAAAGAGAGAGAAAAAGAGAGCGUACUCUGUCAACCCCAGAGUAUUGAGUCUGACAUCAAAAAUUGCUGCAUUUGAUUGGGGAGAGUAACAGAUGUGGUCUUUCAGAAGAUUGACAUUUCGCUGAAGAACAGGACAGACCGACUUUUUGUACUUCAGUUCAGCGCUUUGUUGCUUAAAUCAUUUUUAUUACCUUGUGACGUGAUUAGGAUUUAGUUUAUAUUUAUUUAUUUGAUUGGGACAGUGCAUGUUAAUGAACAAACAUGGAAUACAUGCAUGUAAACAUGCUGGAUUGUAGCCAAAGGCUAAUUUCCAUCCGUAGUCCCACGGCUAAAAUCACACGGGUCACAAAACAUUACAUAAUAAAAUUUACAUCUACAGUUAGUACAUCGUUUAUCAAUAAAUUAGCUAAAGCCCCGUAUACAAUAUUCACCUAAUACUUGAAAAUUCAUUCAACUUCAAAAUUAUCAGAAUCCAGGCCCAGUGUUUUUGUUUCUUUUAAACUGAACACAUUUGUGUUCUGAAACAUGCUUUAUCCAUUUUCUCCAUGUGACAUGUUCAGGAUUAUCAGAAUUAAUGUCGAUUUUUUUUUUUUUUUAAUUGAACAAAUUUGUUUUCUAAAACAUGACUUUUGCUGGGAAGUGUUUUUCCAUUGUUUGAUCUUGAAGGUUUGCUAUAUAAUAAAAAGCUGAAGUUGUUUACA